AUGGAGGAAAAAGAACAAGAUGAUGAUGUGAUAAAACCUCCUAUAAAUUUUUCUAUGGUAGAAGAAGGAAUUUACAGAUCAGGGUUUCCAGAACCUUCGAAUUUUAGCUACCUUGAAACAUUAAAUCUUAAGUCAAUCAUAUAUUUAUGUUCUGAGAAAUACCCAGAAGAUUAUAUGAAGUUUCUUGAAUGUAAUAAAAUUCAGUUAUUUCAGUUUAGUAUGGAAGGAACAAAAGAGACAAUUGCUGAAGAUGUUAUAUCUAAGGUUCUUAAUAUGUUGGUAGAUGUAAGAAAUUACCCAAUUUUAAUUCACUGUAAACGUGGGAAACAUCGUACAGGUUGUGUUGUUGGUUGUUUUAGGAAGUUGAAAAAGUGGUGCAUGAACUCAGUGUUUGAAGAAUACCAGCGUUUUGCAGGAGAAAAAGCUAGAGCAAGUGAUAUGAGUUUCAUGGAAGGAUAUGACGUGUCGCGGGUAAAACUUUGUUUAAAGAGUCGUAUUUAUCAAUAUCAUGGUUAUGCUUCCAACAAGAGGAGGUUGCUCGAUACUGACACAAGACAAGAACAAAUAUCUAACAGAUGUAGGGCGUGUUUGGCGCAAUUUUUGAGGUAG